UCCAAAAGUGCGCUGCCGACACGUCGCGCACCAGUAUAUAACUCGAUCAACAACCAUCGCAAUCCAUGUCGACAACGUACAGCGACAAAGACGAGGCCACUUAACCCGCAAAACGAUUACUCCUGCCUAUUGUAUUGCUCGAAAGACGAAAGCGGCUCUCCUAUCGUUUCGCCUGCAUCCCACUGUCCGAAGCGAUCCUACCCCUUCACGCGAUACAGCUCUAAGUUCGCAAACCCCGAAGCGUUGACGAGCCGGCUCCCUCGAUCACAAUCCUUGCCUAACGCACCUCGCACGAUAGAACCUACGCGCUUCCUAUCUCAUGCCCGAGAAGCAUGAGAUCACGACCUUCGGAACAUGGAGGAGCACAUGCAAGACCAGGCUAUAGACUAUGGAAGUCUUAAAUUCCUUGCAGCCGGUGGAUCAGGAGUCAUAUACGCGAUCGAUGAGGAAAGAAUAUUGAAGGAGUUCCACGGAGAGGGAAUCGACAUUGAGCGUCGAGCACUCGAACGUCUGGGACUACAUGGAAAUAUUGUAAGAUACUUAGGUGCAACGCACGACGGCCUUAUUCUUGAACGUGGUAGAACCGUUCGGACAGUGAUUCAAGGAAGCGGAGCGAACCUGAUCCCGUUACAUACAAAAGUUCGCUGGCUACACGAUGCUGCAGAGGGAACGCGAUACAUGCACAACAAUGGCAUUCUUCAUGCUGACAUUGGAUGUAAUAAUUGGAUUAUAGUUCAGGACCGCCUAAAGAUUAUAGACUUCGAAGGCAGUAGCAUUGAUGGGGAAGAUGCAGGAGCCUGCUAUGAGUGGUUUAGUUAUAAGGAAUCUACCCCGAGAAUUAGCCGGAAGACCGAUAUCUUCGCAUUUGGCUGCGCGAUAUACGAAGUUAUAACGGGCAGACAACCAUACGACGAGCUUUUUCCUUUUGAGGAUCGAAUGAUCCGUGUCAAAAAGCUAUAUGCUGAGAAUCAAUUUCCAGAAGUCGAAAAUAUACUGUUGGGUAAAUUGAUGCAGGAUUGUUGGAAUGGUACUUUCGAUACUAUGGAUGAAGUUCUUCAAGAACUCCGAGCUAGCUUGCUGGCUACUAGGAAAGUAAACUCUGGCUACGGGAGGGUGAAAGCGGUUUUCUUUAAUGCUUUAAGGUCAUUGAGGAUUUGUUGAGUGCUUAGAGAUAUGCUGGCUAGGAGAUAUUUAUAAGUACAAUGCAUGACAUGGUAUCCAUUGUAUCCCAUCGACACUCUCCUUCCAGGCUGGUUCCUCAACCAUGAAGGUCAUG